CAUCCCCCAAAACCCCCCACACCACCCCACCCCUACCCCCAACCCCCGCCUCGCUUUUUCUCUUGCUCAAGCAACCACUUGACCAGUAUUCUGCUAGCUCUUUCGAGGAAAAUGAAGCAUACAAAGAAUAUAUCCUGUUUCUUCUUAUGCCUUUUUUGCGUCGUAGCAGAAACUGGUACAAACUCAGGGACACCAUCUAUAGCUCCAACAAAGAUGACACACCCGUUGGACUCAAAUGUCGAAAUCAGCCCAUCCUUAGCGAUAAUACUCGCUUGCCUCGUAUUAAUCCUGAUGGCGGGUGUCUUCAUAUAUAUUCGUCGAAUGAGCCCUGAUUCAUUCGACGAAUCAUUUGGUUUUCAUUUCUUGCGUCAUAGACCUACUGUUUCCCGUGGACUCGACCCUGAAAUCAUCAAAACAUUCCCAGUAUUUCUCUAUUCUGAUGUCAAGGCCUUGAAAUUGGGCAAAUCCAUCCUAGAAUGUGCUGUUUGCUUAAACGAAUUCGAAGACGAAGAAACGCUCAGGCUUCUUCCAAAUUGUUAUCAUGUUUUUCAUCCUGAAUGUAUUGAUGCAUGGCUCGCCUUCCGCACCACUUGCCCCGUCUGCCGAAUCAAUCUCAAAACCAAACCGAUUCAACAAACUGGUGCUCUGGAGUACUCUCAGGACAUGUCACAUCCAGACACAGAAAGGAGUAGUGAAACAGUUAUUGAUAUUCAGGUGACAAAUGUAGGCCCACAAGAGAUAGUGAGGCCAUCACCUCAAACGUCUAGUCCUAGUAAUAAUAUUCUGAGCUGUAGUACUGUGACGACUAAAACAGCAGACUUUCGACACGUUGCACCAAAAUCAACACCCAGAAGAACAAAAAUUCUAGGUAUGUUUAGUCGAUCUCACUCUACUGGUCACUCAAUGAUUCAACCCGGUCAAAAUAUCGACCGGUUCACGCUAAAAUUACCCGAUGACGCACGCAAACGAUUGGUGGAAUUAAGUUUAAGUAGGACCUAUAAUGUUGAACCGUUAUCUCUGGAGAGGAGUUCAACUAAAGGGCACCGGUUCGAACCGGAAACUGGCCGGUUCAAGUUUCUAUCGACACCAACUCUGUUAUCUGAACCCGGUUCAUCGAAUAAUAUGUUGAAGACCGUUAAGUCGGUUAAAUCGCCGUUAAGUUUGUUAUGUGGAACGGAAAAAGCGGAUGAUACUGGAGAAAGGUCAUUUACUUAUUUACGAUCUAGUCCUUCAAGUUAGAUAAUUUUCCAUUUCUUCCUCAUUUCUUUUUUACACUUAAUUUUCCAUUUCUUCCUCAUUUCUUUUUUACACUCUUUCUUUAGCAAAAGAUUCUUUAUCAUACAAAGGUAAUAUAUUGUGUAUAGUGAUUGGAUGAAUAAGAGAAAAUGAUCUCUUACGGCGAUUCAAAAAUUGAAUAGAAAAAAAUGAUACUUUUCAGAUUUUUUUAAUGUGAAAAUGAAGAAUGUCCAAUACUUAAAAGCAUCACUAUGUAAAUUGAGUUGCCCAUUAUCUUGUAAUCAUUAAUUUUGAAAAUCAAAAUUCGUUUUGAGAAA